AUAACGUGCGACUACAGCCUUCUGCGGCUGUGCUCGACACCUCGACUCUUGCCCUCUCUGUGCUGGUCGUCAGCCAUGUCUCGCUCUCCGCUUCAGCAGCUACGUGCACUGUUGCGGUAUAUCCUCUCGUGGCUCCCUCAGCACUUCGCGCGGCCUCUUGCUUUCCUCCGGCUCCUUUGGCGACGUUUCAUGAGAAGGACUGCAGACCGGGGUCUACCCCCUGACGCCAAAGACGACGACGGUGUCGUUAAACCCUCCCCCGUUUCGCAUGCGAGCUACCGCAAAGCCGUGCUCGACAAUCACUCCUCUGCCGUUGUAUAUGCAAGUGACGAACCUAGUACGUAUCCCUCGCUUGAGGAUCGACGGGCACGGUCUUGGAGUCACCGAUCUCCCGACACCGACCCUUCCGGAAGCUAUGCACAUUCGAAACCGGACGCGUAUUUAUCUGGGAGCGAACGGGGAAGCAGCCCGUAUUCAAUUACGAUUCAGAAUCCGUCUCAACACUCCCUUGCAAGCACGAAGGAUUCAUCGCUCUACCAUACCAGUGUACACGAUGACCACGUCUCCGUCAACAUGUCGCGUCCAUCCUCCCGUAUUUCGAUGCGCACCAGAGAUGAUCGUGAUUCUCGUCUGAUCACUCCCUCUGACUCUCGACGGCAGUCAUCAAGAUCUAAACAGCGAAAUCUUACCCGAAGACGAACCCCUACGGCAUCCCCGUCUCACUCCACUGCCACACUACAUAGCAAUAGUUCAUGGGUCAGCCAGCAUAACGUAGCCAUGCCUGCUGGCCGGUUGUUGCAUGAGAGACGAAGUCAGAAGACGUACCCCAUAGUUGAAACAGGAAGAUAUACAAAGGCGAAGGAUUGGGAACAAAGGGAAUGCGCGUAUAAAGUUGAGCCCAUGAAGAUGUCUACAAACUCUUCAGGUCAUUGGGAAGCACAUACCCAUCCGGAAGGCGCUUUGUACUUUUUCGAUCGACUCAGGAUAUAUACAGAAGCAUGGAUUUAUGACCCGGCAAUACUAGAAGAGAUCGAGACUUCGCGCAUCGGUUGGUCGAAGAAGUGCAGGAGAAUAACUCGUAUUACCACCCAUGCAGACUUGUGCUCGAGCUGGAAGAUGUCCCGGAAGAGCAUAUGCUCCAUCUCGCCAUUGCGCCCAUUAUGGACAUAUUACUAUGUCAACCAUGCGGAGAGGGUACUCUUUUGGUUGAAAGAAACGACCUCGAAACCAAAACUUGUCAUUGAAUCAUAUUAUUGGAAACAUAUGGAGUACUUCCCGGUGGGGCAAACAAUCACGGAAGCUUUGAGGAUUGAGGUACUGUGCAUUCUCGUGCAUGCCAAUGUCGACCAAAUCAUAUCAGAAUCAUCGACCGUCUCCAUGAAGCCCGACGAAAUGCUUAAUCUCACGAAGAUGGUUGAGAUAUCGAAAGAGCUCGGUAGCAAUGACUAUACUGCCUCUGUCAUAGGUAGGUAUCUUCUUCACAAAGUUCAUAACAGGUACAACUUCUCGUUUGGACAGAAGGCCGCACAAAUCGAUCGCUUUCAGCCCGUCUACGACACCAAUACGAAAGAGCGAUCGGCGUUAUUCACACUUCUCUCGUGUGCCCUCUUCAAUGCGCCCGACAUGCAUCUUCAGACUCUGGAGCGAGCAUGGAUCGACGGGACGAUUAACGAAAUAUUCUGGACCAAAUGUAUCAACAAGCUGCAGAAGGACUGGGAAGAGGCGGUGUUGACGGUGACAUCUUAUCGUGGUGAUGUAUACCAGGCGACCGUGGUCCUGAAUGCCAAUAUAUCGUUCUUGACUAUCAAUGACGUCGACUCUGGCACUGGCCCUCGGACGCCGGCACAACUUGCGAGCUACGUGUCCACCAUCUGCAGCAUUGCCGCGGUUGUCAUAGGGCUGCUCAUCAUCCGCCAACACCGAGUGAGACCCAAAGAGACGGCGACCGACGCCGUAACGUACCUGGAAACCCGCAGGCACCCGCGGCUAGGACUGGAGGUGUUGGGCAUUGUACACAGCCUGCCAUAUGCAUUGCUCAUGUGGGCAGUCGUCUCGUUCCUUCUUGCCUUCGCUUUCGAGAACUUCCGCGUCAAGGACACCGCAACCCUCGUUGUGGCGUCAACGGCAUGGGGCCUGGCAGUGAUUCUGCUCGUCCUAUGUCUGUACACCAUCUGGGAAGGCGGUGAAAUCUCGAUCCGCCAGAAGAUGCGCGAGUUGUACCAGCAAGCGAACGACAAGCUCCAGCUUUCGAUGCGCCAGUUUAUGAAGCAGAAGCAGCACGCCGACCAGAACUCGUGCACGGCGCCGGGGUCGUCCAGCAACGUUGCGGUCCCAACGGGGAUCGAGAUGCAGAGCAUAUGAUGGAGUGUGCGUUUUUGAAGUUCGUAUAUAAACUUGGGGGUAGUACCUCGCAAUUGCCUUCGUAUGGAUACGCACGCAUGUCGAGGUUGGUGUCUGAUCGGGUCGUAUAGGAGUUCCACAUGUACAGAGUAUUGACACUAUUGACACUCUUUCACAGCAUAUAUAAUCAGUGGAUCUUCUCGAUAGCUACCAGUGUCUGUCAUGCCAUGUCCCAAGCGGCGGUCUUGGGAGUGACUUCGGCGCUUAGCCCGACGCGCUCAGGUCUGUCGCAUUCCUAUCAGAGGUCCUUGGAGGGUCCUGACAGUGUUACUGACUCAAACCUCCGUGCAUCUGGUGAUUCAUGUCUCUACACGAUUGUAUAGUUGUACUUUGAGGAUAAAUUA